CAAAACUAAAGUUUGUGUUGUUUAUUUUUGUUUUUAACUCAAGCUUAAGGUUUAUUUUAUUGAAGCAGUUGAUUUUAAAUUCAGUAUUACAGUUUGUAUUUUGUUAAUAAUAAAUGUUCAAUAAGUAUAGUUCUGUUUAAGAUUGUUUUAAUUUUAAAAAUGGGCGACGAAUCUUGUGAUGUUGUUUUUCUUGGAUCAGAUGGGUCCCAAACUUUUGUAGAAUAUCCUGAUAGGCCAAUAAUAAAGCUAUUUGAAAAACUGAUAGGCAACGAUACGAAACAAAACACAGUAUUAACCAACGCACAAAUUAUAAAUAUACUACACAAGGAGUUUGGUAUUGAAGUUGAGAAAGUAACUUUUUUAGAAAUAGAAAUAAUGAUAAACAUAAUAAAGAAAUAUCUCAAAGAUUGGCCGGGAUGGGAUAAAUUUGAAAAGGACCUACAGAAUUUGGAGACUCAAAAAGAAAAUAAAAAUGUAAAGACUAUUAUAGAAGUAAAUUGUUUAGAACUUAAGGAUUAUUUACAAAGUAAUUUGAACAUAGCUAAAUUAUUAUUAGACCCAUAUUUAAAUAGACUUCCUCAUAAAGAGAAAGGUAAUUUAAAUGGUCAGAAAACAACCGAUGAUGAAAAAAUUAUAAUGGAAGUGUGCUCUACUAAAAAUCAAUUAAAUAAUUUAAUACUAAGACAUCCAAAACACAGUAAUCAUAUCUUCAACACAGAAGAGCCGCGAUUCCAAAACUGUCUAAUAAUGCCUUUAAAGGCAAUGUUACAUUGGGGAGGAAUUAAUAUCAUUGUCAAACUAGCAUGGUCUUCAACAGAAAUGCUUUCAUUUCGAUAUGAAAAUCGACAUAAAUCUAAAUUCACUCUUGUUAAUAAAAAACUUCCAAAUCAAACAAAUAAGACUGAACAUGUAACUAAGUGGCAAAUGAAAUGUAAAAAUCAAAAUAAAGUAAACAUAUCUGUAAAAGAUUUGUUAAAUAUAAUUCAUACUUAUUCAGAAAAUAGAAUUAUUUCAUGGCAAAGUAUAUUUCAAAUUAUUUACGAUGAUUUAAAAAUAUUAACUAAAGAUAUGCCUUCAUAUAUCGACUUGCCGGUUGAAUUUAGAAAACAUUUAAGUAAAUAUAGUUAUGUAAGAUAUAUGUACAAAGAAGUGACAGACUCUAUAGCAGUGAAUGGUGAAAAUUAUGAUUUGCAAUUAGAAGAGAUGGUAACACCAAUAUGUUAUUUGCAUAUAGAUCUACACAAGGCUAAAAGUCUAAAAGAGUAUUUUAGUAUAGAAUGUGAUAUUUGCAAGAUGGAAUUGAAAGGGAAAGAUAUAAAAUACUUAAUUGAUGAACAUUUUACAACAUACCAUAUUGCGGAGCCAGACUUGCAAUGUGUCAAUUGUAAUACACAAAUAUCUGCUAGAGAACUAGCAAAUAUGAACUGGCAACACAACUGUCCAUCUUAGACCAAAUGAAUACGAAAGUUUGGAAUUUGGAUGGAUGCUUGUUAGAUGUCUUUAAAAAGUUGAAGACAUCUCAAUGAAUGCUUCAGUAACAUUGACUAAUCAUUUUCAUAAAAUAGCGCGUAUGCGCGAAAAUGUUGAAUAUUGUUUAUUGAAGUUCAAUUAAAUAAACAAAUUACUUGGA